AUGAGCGCGGCUGACCAGUACGACCCCGAUGCGAUUACCGUGAGCGAGUCAUGGCGCGUUUCCUCUAAGUCUUCCGAACCUCUUCAAGGCGAUGUGAACCCGAAGGACAAGGAGGGUGCAGCUGAGCUUGGCCGUCGCGAUACUUCAGUUGCGUCAGGCGAAUCGCCAAACAUCUCUCGGACACACGCAGAGCCCCCGACUGGAGCCGAUAGUCCUGGAUAUAUGCGCAUGAAAAUACUCAGAGCGCACAUUCUGCCCUCAGAAAGGAUCCUCAUCUUCGUUCUCAUUAUGGUGUUGGCGACUGCGCACAGCCUCGACAACUUUCUGCGCGUGCUAUAUCAGUUCGAGGUUUUGAUUGCCUUUCAAAAAAGCGGAAUGCUGGGGGCCAUCUAUACUAUUGCAACACUUAGCGCUGGCUCUUUGACCCCUAUCAUCUCGAAGAGCGCAGACGUGUUUGGUCGUCCCGAGACACUCCUUGCCAGCGUCGUGUCAUAUGUGCUAGGUAAGCUCUUCCGGACAACUUCAACGCCCAAGUAG